GUGUAAACCGGACCUGCCACAUGGGCAGCUCUGUGGCGUGGUCGCAGUGAACAGUCUGACUGCGACUCUGCUGCUGAGCUUCGUCUCCGAAGUCGCCCUCCGCCAAGAUGACCACGGCAAUGAGAUGUUGUCAUUGGGCCGUGUACGCGCUGUGUCUCCCCUUUCACCUGCUGAACGCCGUCGGUCUGUGGGCCCUGUACAAGCGCGUCUUCCCGUUCUGCGUUCAUCGGGUCUCAUCGACGUACAACAAGAAGAUGCACGAAACGAAGAAGCAGCUGUUCCGCAGCCUGCCGGAGUUCCGCGCCCCCGACCGGCCGCUCACCAUCCUGGAGAUCGGCUGCGGCACCGGGACUAACUUUGAGUUCUACCCAGCCGGCAGCAGAGUGAUCUGCACCGACCCCAACCCGCACUUCCAGAAGUACCUGCAGGAAAACAUGGGCGCCAACGGGCACCUCACGUACGACAGGUUCGUGGUGGCCUCGGGGGAGGACAUGGGGUUAAUCGAGGACGGGUCGGUGGACGUGGUUGUCUGUACCCUGGUGCUGUGCUCUGUCACCAGCAUACAGCAAACCCUGCGGGAGACCCAGCGCAUCCUGAGGACUGGUGGAGCCUUCUAUUUCAUGGAGCAUGUCGUCGCAGACCCCUCAACCUGGACACACUUCCUCCAGCACGUCUUCCAGCCUUUGUUGGGUUACCUAUUUGACGGAUGCAACGUCAACCGUACGACGUGGAAACUUCUGGAGGCGGCUGAAUUCUCUGAGCUCAAACUCAGACACAUGGAAGCUCCCCUCGUCUUUGUAAUCAAACCGCACAUCGUAGGCUACGCUGUGAAAUAGAUUCUGUCUCUCACGACCACCGUAUUAAUAUGCCAAGCCUAUAAUGCCUGUCCUCAACUAUAGUGUGUGAUAUUAUUGAUCCCCAGUGACAGAGAGAAUGGCAGUCAAUUUGACUCGUUCUAUUUUUGCACUAAAAGUUGCACUAAAUUGAUUUAUUUGUUAGCAGGCUUGCACAAAAACUAAACCAAUUUUCAACCAAACUUGGAGGAGGAAUGGAACACAUGCCACUGUUCAACUUUGUCAUUUGAGGGAAAGUUAUGAUUUGCACUAGAACAGAUCUGUUUGCUCUGUUGUGUUGCUAUGUUAUAGUGUUAUCUGUUAAGAGAGCCUUUUAGUCGGGGAUUGUGAGCUAAUAUUAGAAGUGAAAGUUCAGGCGAGGAAGUUAAUCUUUGACUUGGCCGAGUUGACCACAAGUCACAAGCCAGUAUGACCAUAAAUGAAUCGAAGCCAUCAUUUCCGGGGGGGAAUUGUUUUGGAUAUGAGUAUUGCAGGAACAUUUUUAGAUUAUGCUAACUAGGCCAAGAUAAAAGUGAGGAAACAUUCUGCUUAAGAGUCGAAGGCCACUUAAACCUGUGCCAGAUGCGUGUUUAUUUUCCAUGAUCAUUUAAAAAAGAUCUUAAAAAGCAUUCUCAUCUGACCUCACCUGGGGGUUCAGAACUUUUUCCUGAAUUAGUUGUUUAAGUGAAGAGAAGUAUUUUACCUCACAAACAUAUAAUGUUUGUGUAUGUUUCACAAACAUAUAAUGUUUGUGUACAUAAAAACCAAACUCAUCCAGAGGGCUGACAUGUAUGAGUGUAAAUAAUUUGAAUAGAAAUCUGAAUUAGCAGAUUAUAUAAUUUUUUAAUGGGGGGGGGGGGGCUUCAGCCAUACAACACAAUAUUAAGUUCAUUUCUUUCGAGCAGAAACACAUCCAGAGUAACAUAUGCUAUGUUUCUAUGUUUUAUGACAAAAAUAUAAUUUUGCAUAUCAGAGCAUUUUCUUUCAUCUUAAUUUCUACUUUAAGAACUAGACAAUCGUCUGUAGGCUUGUUUGGCCUUGGUAGUGAUAUGCAAAGACAUGAUUUGAAGGUACUGAAUUACAUAGCUCACAAUACUAAUUUUUGUAUGCAAUUGUAUGUGUAGGUAAGAAAAUAUAUACCUUGAAAUAUAUCUCUGUCAGUGUUUAUCUCUGCUACUGCUGGAUUUACUGCCUUAAUGGUGUGAUAAUGGUGCCUCUGAUAUAUCCAUUUUGUUGUGACUAAAGUGGUUGCCGUGUCAAAAUGUCCCAGAUUAAAGAUUUUAAGCCGGA